GACAGACCCGGAUGUGGAUGUGGACGACUGCAAUUUCUUGCUCUCCCGAUGUCUCAAAAAGAAUACUGUCCAUUUGCGUCGUGCCGUGUUUCUGGGACACUUCAACGUUUGUUAUGUCAUAUUCGUUCGACUCAUGGCGAGGAAGAGCUUCCGGCCGACUUCGUUAGCCGUUUGAAUCUUUCACAGUGCGUUUGCUGCAAGAAAUGGUUCCAGAAGCUAGCUCAGCAUUCUCAGCAAUGUAAGAAACGGCCGACGGGUCAACGCUGUCUUUCUUUGUCGUUGAAGGAGAGUACAACGUCUAUGGCUACGCCCACUCAUGAUGACGACGUGGCGGUACCUGACGCUGUCGAGUCUACCGUUUUGUCCGUUGGGGAGUCAGAAUCUAUCACUACCCAGGAGCCUGUUUCUCAGGUUGGUUUUAUUGUAGAUACUGCAUUGGGUAAAGAGGCGACCGCGUGGCAAUAUAUACGGGACAUUCCAGUCGGGGCCAUUUUGUCUGCAGUUCCUCCUAGGACGGUUCAAUGUAUCAGUUCUGCAGCUCGAGCUCUAUUUCAAGAAUGUUGCGCUGUAGUAUUUGACAAAUUGGAACAAGAUUCAGAUGAUGAAUCUGCUUGGAAGCUUCUCUUUCUACUCCCCCGUAUGUUAUUAUCUCCUAGCAACCUGACUAGAGGAGGAAAAUCAAAUACGUAUCAGGUGAAAGCUGUUUUUCAAAAAUUCCUUGCCUUUCAGUGGGAUCAGCUGUUGCAGUUCAACCAAACAACAAGCAACAAACUAAAAUCGGUUUUUUCAGGAGACACACAGGUGAAACAGGCGGCACAGAGGCUAGUCAAAUGCGGAGAACUGUCACGAGCAGCUAGAGUUUUGACAAGUUCAGGUCUAGCACCAAUAACAGAUAAUACAAUCUCACAGCUAUCCAUGAAACAUCCCUCUCGGGUCAAGGAUGUGAAAGCGCUUUCAAGAGAAGACCUUAGCAGUGUAAAUAUUCCAACGUCUCAAUUGUUAGAAACAAUUCAAACUUCUCCCAGGGGCUCAAGUCCAGGACCAUCUGGAUGGAGGUUUGAACAUUUUCGAGCUUUAUCAUCAAAUACUACCACUCUAAGAAGUCUCAGCUACAUCUGCUCCUUAAUCGCCGCAGGUACAUUGCCAGAUUGUGCAGUCAGGCUACUGACUGCAGCUCGUCUUAUAGCUUUGCCUAAGUCUAACAACGAUGUUCGUCCAGUGGCUAUAGGGGAGUGCUUGAGAAGACUUACGGCACGCGCUAUUUGUGCUCUAAAAAAGAAAGAAUUUUCCGAAUUUUUCUCUCCUCUACAGUAUGGUGUUGCUACGAAAGGCGGUGCAGAGCUCCUAGUUCACCAGAUCCAAAUACUUUUAGAAGCGAACAAGGAUUGGGUUCUAGUAAAAACUGAUGUGAAGAAUGCUUUCAAUUCCAUCAAUAGGUGUGUUAUGAUCGACCAAGUUCUGGCAUCUUUUCCGGAGAUCUCUAACCAUGUCUUUAAGAUGUAUGCUGGCUUUGGGGAUCUAAUUAUAUACAAGGGCAAUUCAACCACGACUCUAUUAUCUGAAGAGGGGGUCCACCAGGGUGAUCCCCUGGGUCCGGUGCUGUUUUCUGUGGCAACUCAUCGUAGCCUCCUCAACUUACAGUCAACACAUGGAGAUGUCGUAGUUUUGGCUUAUCUGGACGAUGUCUUCCUGUUGGGGCUGCCGGAUCAAGCUAUGGCAGCGUUCGAGGAUCUCAAACACGCUUUCUCCAAUAUCGGUUUGGAAAUUUCCAACAAGAAAUGUGAGGUUUUUUCGCCACAAUCAAGCGAUGUCCUGAUUAACGGACAAAUUCCAUCAAUUCCGGUUACAUCAACUGGAACAAAGAUCUUAGGAAUUCCAAUCGGUUGCCCAUCAUUCGUUGAGAACCAGUGCACAUCAUUCGUUCAAUCAGGGGAUCUUUUAUGUAAUCAGCUGGCCAACCUUGAAGACCCACAAAGUGCAAUGCUGCUCUUAAGACAUUGCCAUGUGCCAAGGAUGACUCACCUAACAAGAUCUGUAGCUCCACAGUAUCUCAGCAGCGCCACAUCUCUUCACGACCAUCAGACAAGACAGACAUUCGUUGAAAUACUCAAGUAUGGGCCAAUCCAGGAAGAUCGGUGGUUACAAGCUACCCUUCCAAUCAGACACGGAGGCUUCGGAAUGACCUCUAUCAAGGAGAUAUGUCAACUAGCCUUCGUUUCGAGCUGGGCUCACACACUGUCAGCUUUACCCAAACGAUUUCCAAACAUGGAAAAGAUAUUGGAUGAUCUAGUUUUCCAUCCUGAUACGACAGGUUCUAUUGGUUGCGACUUACAACGCGCCACUCCUCCUGACAAGUCUCUUAUAGAUUUACUUGACAAUCCUAACAGACUGCAGCAAAAGUUAACACGCCAAUAUACUACAUCAGUUGCUACUUACGUUGUGGAACACGCUCCUCUUCCGAGGGACUUGGCUCGUCUACGUUCACUACGAGGAAAUGGUGCUGGCGCCUGGCUUACUGCAAUCCCCGAAUCGACAAAUCUCGCAUUUGAACCUUACGAAUAUCGUUUGGCGUGUUUGUUGAGGAUGGGGUUGCAGCUGCCAGCUGUCAGCUGGAUACAAGAGUGUAAUUGUGGGUCGGUGUUGGACGAUAUGGGAUAUCACCUCCUCACUUGUAAAAAAGGCGGAGGACCGGUUUGGUCCCAUGAUUCAGUGGUGAGCAACUGGGACGACUGCCUGCGGCAAUUGAAAAUUCAUCACAAAAGAGAGCCAAGAGACCGGUAUAGUAACAGCAACAACCGGCCUGAUAUCGUGGUAUUUGAUGUCGGUACGGGGGCCAACACAGAGUUAGAUGUUGCUCUGUCACAUCCCUGGGCAUCAGACAUACUCUGUCAAGCAGCAUUGAGAGAUGGAGCAGCUGCAACGAGAAGAGAGGACAGGAAGUUUUCGAAAUAUAGUCAAAUUAAGCUUCCUGGCAUGGCAUCUAUGAAGUUUGUCCCUCUUGUUAUGGAACAUUUUGGCCGUUGGGGUGAUGAAGCGACCAAGUACCUCCAGGAGCUUUCGCAAAGAUCAACCGACGACGCAGGGAAUCACAAUUCUAAGGCAUUUAUGUGUUAUUGGCGAAAACGCUUUUCGACAACGCUGCAGAAGUGCAAUGCAAAGACGAUCUGCAAGAAGAUAUUGACAUUAACUUCCAAUGACAAUAGAAAUAUAGAUAUAGAUGACUUCCUUACACAGUUUUUUAUUCAUUAGCUUAGUAGUUAUGGCCAGAAAAGGCUUUAAAGCAGUAGCACAGCUUGUUAGCCAUGAACAUAGUUUGUAAUAGUAGUCAUGUAUGAAAAUAUAUUAUAUGACAGACAGACAGACAGACAGACAGACAGACAGACAGACAGACAGACAGACAGACAGACAGACAGACAGACAGACAAACUGACAGAAACAAACAAACAGACAGAUAGACAGACAAAUAGACAGACAUACAGACAUACAAACAGACAGGCAGACAGGCAGACAGACAGACAGGCAGGCAGGCAGACAGACAGACAAACUGACAGAAACAAACAAACAAACAGACAGACAGACAAACAGAGACAGAGAGACAGACAGACCAGACAGACAGACAGACAGACAGACAGACAGACAGACAGACAAACAGUAUGCUGCAAGUUGGUGGUGUUUCAUCAUCCACUUCUGAAACAACAGCAACUCGCAAGACGGCAUAGUUGAAUGUUUUUCCCGUCUUGAAAUGAAGCAGCAACAGUAGCUGUGUUCACACUGACAGACAGACAGACAGACAGACAGACAGACAGGCAGACAGACAGACAGACAGGCAGGCAUUACAUGUAGCCGCCCUAUUGGGAGCAAUUGCCAAUAGCCUGUAAUAGCGUUGAUACAUGUAUGGGCAGGCAGACAAACAGAUAGACAGAUAGACAGACAGACAGACAAACAGACAGACAAAAAGAGACAGACAGACAGUAUUGGCUUGGGUAGUAUUUAGUCGCUUUGCUUAGAUGGUGUAUAAUAGUUCCAUGUUUGAAAAUAUAUGUACUGACAGAGAGGCAGACAGACAGACAGAAAGGAAAGCAGUCGUCUGCAAACAGCUGGCUAGAAAGAAACAGCAGACAGAAACAUCACAACCGCCCGAAACCAUUCCCACUGGCCACACACUCACUUCACACUCAAGAUAAUUGAGUAGGCAAUGUCAGUUUAGCAAAUGGACGAUCAAGACCAAUAUUCCCACAACUUUCAACAGACACUUGACAUCAAAUUUACAUCAACAGUCAGCACUCAACGUAAUUAGUAAAAUAAACAGAUAAUAUUUGUGUAAUGUUUCAAUUUGAAUAUAUUUAGCAUUUUAUAAAACCAUUAUUUUUAAUUACUACUGCAGAUAUAAAAAGAGACACAAAAAACACAUACAUAACCAGAAGUGCCAUGAGAACAAUGAUUGACCUGCUCGUACUGAUCGCUCUAAGACAAGGCAAAAAAAAUAAUGUUGCAGGAAUCCAUGAAAGCCUUGGGUUGUUGUCUAGAACAAUAGUCUCGAGACUCCACAAACAAUUCAAAUCUAAUAAACAAUGCCCGUACAAACAAAAGAGCAACAAUGUCUUUGAUGGCGUACCAUAUGGUAAAUAGCAGAGACAAUUUCCACUAACAGAGAGUUCUGAUAAAUUUUCCAAACAAAUUAUUCCAUUGGGUAAGACGGUGAGUUUGUUGUAGUCGACAGACAAUAACUCUAAAUUGGAGAAGUGUGUAAUCGAAGCAGGCAAGGAGGUCAGCUCAUUGUUUAUCGCUGCUAGUGACUUUAGUUUUGUAAGAGCUCCAAUGUCUACAACAUCACAGUGCCACCAAAAUUCUCAACACACACGCACACACACACACACACACAGUGACACGCACGCACACACACACACACACACAGUGACACGCACACACACACACACACACACACACACACACACAAAUGCCAAUUUUCUUGUUGAAGUUAAACCGAUUAAUGUGCACAACGUACCAUCUGGAAGGCUCACAAGUCUGUUGUAAUUA